CAUGCUCCUCGGAUGUGGAAGCGCUUUGGCAGAAACAACGAUCGUGGAAGGGUUUCCGCUUUUUGCAAGCGCAGUAGUUGAGCACCUCACACGGGAAUGAACUUUCGGCAUUAGUUCGAGUGUACGUCUGAGUGGGCAACGAGGGAGUAGAGUCCGUUUGUAACGGGACACAAACGUUAAAACCCCCACAGAAUGAUGCGCUUCAUGCUGCUGUUCAGCCGGCAGGGCAAGCUGCGACUGCAGAAGUGGUACACAGCCACAGCUGAGCGUGACAAGAAGAAGAUGGUCAGGGAGCUGAUGCAGAUAGUGUUGGCCCGCAAACCAAAGAUGUGCAGUUUUCUAGAAUGGCGCGACCUCAAGAUUGUCUAUAAAAGGUAUGCCAGCCUUUAUUUCUGUUGUGCCAUUGAAGAGCAAGACAAUGAGCUGAUCACACUCGAAGUUAUACACCGUUUCGUAGAGUUGCUGGAUAAAUAUUUUGGCAGUGUGUGUGAGCUGGACAUCAUCUUUAAUUUUGAGAAGGCCUACUUCAUUUUAGAUGAGUUCCUGAUGGGAGGAGAGAUCCAGGACACAUCUAAAAAGAGUGUCCUCAAAGCGAUUGAACAAGCUGACCUACUGCAGGAGGAGGACGAAUCACCCAGGAGUGUACUGGAGGAGAUGGGCUUGGCAUAGUCCACAGCAGCGUUAUGGGAAAUAUAGAAGGCAGGGGGUGGGUCAGUGUAGGGUAGAACAUGCAUCAACUCGACAGUACUGGUACUAUGUAUAUGUGAAUGGGGACUGGUAUACACUGUUUAACUGGGGGAGAGACUCAGUUAGUGGAAGAACCUUGCAGUGCCAGGCCCUGUAGCUCUGGGUGGGUGGGUGGUAGUGUGGGUGUGUGUGUGUGUGUGUGUGUGUGGGUGGGGGGGUCACUUCAACGUGGCUGCCAGAGUUGUGUGUUUAUAUUUUUUUUAAGGGGUAAGGCAGAGUCCAGCUAAGAAAAUAACCCACAGUGGUAGACACUGUGGGUUAUCUACACUUCAGCAAAGUAACAUUUUGCUGAAUGUUUAUCACAAUAUUGUGAUUUUGCAGUGUGACUGGGCUAUGAUACAGAAACUGGUUGAGCAGGCACAUUCUAUCAUGAAGCUUUGUCAGGUACUGACUAUGGUCUCACUUGAGUAGUAAGACUGUAAUAAAUAUUUAAUGUCACUACAAGUGCUACUAGUGAAUUUUAAAGCAUUGACGAUGGUAAGUUGGGGAAAAAACACUUAAUUUAUACAUACAUUUAACAACAUUUAAUGUCAUUCUGUUAUUUAGAUAAUACGGUCGCUCGUAUGAUGGCUUGUGUUCCUGCCUUGUACAGUAUAUUUAAACCCAUGUUAAGAAAUGCAGACGCUACAUAAAACAGUGAAGAAAUUAAAAACAAAACGAUUACAAGAAUUAGAAAUUUUCUUAAUUUUCUGGCUCCACUGAAAUUUUUCUUGUACUAGGUAAUCAAUUGGUGCUGUCAAGAUAUGUCUGAAUAUAUCAUGUUUAUUUCAGGUGUUUAAUAUUUUUAGAUUGUAUGAAGAAUACUUGUUAUUGGCCCAUCUUUCAUUGCACAACAUUGAUAAACUGACAGUAAAAAAUAAACCAAAGACAUUUUAGAAUGACAUCAGAGCUACAAGGAUCUUAUUUACAUAUGAACCACUGAUAUGUGCGGAGUGUGUAAUCCUGAUGAGAUGGAAAUGUCAUAUGCAGUUUAGGAAAACUGCAACUUAGAAUGAGAAGGAACACAGGUAAAGGUCAGAGUUGAAAGUUAUAGAAGAGACAUUCUGUGUGCAGUGGGUACUUGUUUGGGCUGGAGUGAAAUUACAAGGCAGAUAGAAUUAUCUAGCUUAACUACAUUUUAUUGUUCUGUAAAUGUUUUACAAAGUUUUAGUUUUCAGUAUGACAUCUGUGUGAAAAACAGGCUUUUGCUGAAUGAGCAGUGGUCAGUAAUGGAACGGGUCAUUCCAUAUCAGUUUACCAAGUUGAAAAUUGUCCAGGCUGAUAUCCCUGACAAAAUUCCAGGAUCAUGCACUUCUUAAUAGAUAAACUGCUAAAACGAUUACAGUUUAUAUAUAUACACACACACACACACACACACACACACACACACACACACACACACACACACACACACACACACACAUAUCUUGCACCAAGACGUUAGAAACAGAUAGCUCCUCAAACCAUUCUUGAAACAUUUUUGCUUUGUGGCAGCGAUGGUUAUCCUGCUCAAAUAGGCCAUAGCCAUCAGGGAUUACAAUUUCAGUGAAAGGAUGUACAUGGUCUGCAACAAGGCUUUGGUUGGCUGUACAUGUCAAAGUAACAUCCACAUGAAUGACAGGACCCAAGGUUCCCCAGCAGAAAAUUGCCCAAAGCAUCAUACUGCCUCCACCAGCUUGCCGUCUUCCUACAAUGCAUCCGGGUGUCAAGUGUUCCCAAGAUCAACGAUGCACAACCACCUGGCCAUUCCCAGAAAGCAUGAUUCCCAGACCAGGCUACCUUCUUCCAUGGCACCAUGGUCAAUUCAGUUCCACUCAAAUCCUUAAGCUUGCCCAUUUUUCCGGCGUCUAACUUUCAGAACCAAAUGUUGGUAAUAUAUCCCACCCACAACCAGGUACCAUGAUAAAGAGAUACUUUUUUCACCUGCUGUAUCACUAAUUGUCACCAAUUUUAUGAAUAAAUAUAUUUCAGAAGUG